UUUUUUUUUUGUUAAUAGCAAACACAAACACGUUCGGCAGACGCACGCUCACACACGCGCGCACGGAACAAACAAAAAUAAAGCGUAAAGUUCGAGGUGAAAACGCAAAAAAGCCUUCUUCUUCACCUACAUCUACAUCCCGAUCCCCGAACGGAUAACGUCGGGUUCAGGCGCCAUGUCGCGGGUGCUCAGUCCGCGGAAGCAGGGCGUGGCAGAGGCGAAAACGCAGGCGGUGGAGUCCCGGGACUACACGUGCAGCUCCAAGUCUAUUAUCGAGUUCCUGGCCAAGGAGCAGGACUGUGGCGGCCUGGCGGACCCGGAUCCGGAAAGUAUCUUUCAGGAGGUGAGCCGCCUGUCCGACAGCACCGACAUGCGGUCCGUGGACGAGCUGCUCCAGGAGGCGGAGCGCCUCAUCCAGCAACAGCUGCGUCUUGGCGGCAUUGGAACGGACCUGGACGUGGGACACGCUGAGUCUCACGAGCCCUUAGCCUUCAGAACCAAUGGUGGCGCCGGCGCCGGGGAUGGUUCUGUGGCCGGCGGUGACGCCUCCUCGUCCUCGCCUCCGUCAGCAUCGCCGCACAGCAGUAUUCGUCUCAACACACGCUACACCCAUCGCAUCGAGCACUUGCCGGCUCCAGUGCCGCCAAAAACACCCGUGGUCAACGGUAGCAGCGGCAAGGCCAGGCCCAGAUCCGGCUCCAAGUCCUCGGCCUCGCCCACAUCGGUGGCGGAGAUGACGCCACAGAUGAGCGGCAGCAUGGAGGGCAAUGGAGCCUGUACUGGGGGUGGCUUCGCCGCCUUUGUGGAUAACCUGCCCUCAGAAUCAGUCAUUUCGGAGGAGUCCACGCCCAAGGAUAUGGAUAUGGAGAACAAUACGGCCACCUUGGCGCAGCUGGAGUUGCAGUCACAGGAAAACACCGACGAUGAUGAGGAUACGAUGGAGGAAACCACCGAGGCGGAGGUAGAUGCAACCGUGCCGGGCUGCCGCAGUCCAAUGUUCAGCAGCCGCCGCAGUACCCUUAGCCUUGGCCGCCUCAGCCACUCCUACAGCCAGCCGAUCCGUCCGAUGGCCAGCUACAGCGAGAAGGCGGUCGGCAGCUCACCCAAGCACCUGGUCAGCACCCUCAGCUCGCCCAUCGAGCAGGUCGCCUGCAGUGUGUCCCGGGAGCAUGCGCUCAAGCACGAGAUUGACCAGCUGCAGGAGCGGCUCAAGGACACCGAGGAGCGCCUGGCCUCGGUGCGCCUGCAGAGCGACUCGCUGUCGCAGACGCAGCGCGCCCUGCGCGAGCACAACGGCCGCCUGCAGGAGGAGUCCGAGAUGCUCAAGCUGGACGUGCAGCAUCUGAACGAGUGCGCCAGUGUCCUGCGCUCGGAGCUCCAGGCGGCACGCCGAGAUCGCGGCGAGGCCCUGCAGCUGCAGCGCUCGCUGCGUGCCGAGCUGGAGGAGGUGCAGCAGGAGCGGCGGCGAAUGGGGGAAGGCAAGGAGAAGGAUGGCAGGAUCAUACAGGAUCUGCAGCGCCAAUGCCGGGAGAUGGAGCGUAUACUCAUGCGCAAGCAUCCCGAUUCUGUGUCGGCUCUCAUAGGUUUUGGCCUCCAAAAUCCCGGCAUGUGUCCCCUGAAUGAUCAGGAGAACAUGAACAGCCGCAAGCUGCUGGAGCAGCGCAUUGCCCAGCUGGAGUCGGAUGCCAAGGAGCAGGAUCGCAAGGCCCAGCAGAUCCUGGCCAAUGUGCAGGCCCGCUUCAAUUCCGUUCAGGCCAAGUACGAGACCCACAUAGCGGACUUGGAGACGCAGGUCUUGAGUCUCCAGGAGAUCAACACAAAGCUGAACGAACAGAUCGAGUCGCAGGUUCGCACCCUGGAUCGCUAUAUGCAGAAGCGUGCCGAUCGCUUCUACAACAAUUGCACCCAAACGGAGCCACCAUCGACUGGUGCGGAGGGGGAGCCCAUUAGCGCCAUCCCUGAGGCCAACUCCGCCACCACUGGUACCCAGACCAAGGCUGCAAAUGGGACCAGGGAUCACAGUACCAAUACCAUUGGCUGCCCCUCGCCGGCCCUCGUUUGCCAGCAGCCGCAUCUCCAUCCCCAUGCCCAUGCCCAUGCCCAUCCACAUCCACAUCCACCGUCGGCCAGCAGUAGCACCAGCAGCACCGCCAAUUCCACACCGAACACAUCGCGUCCGAAUUCGAAGCAAAGCGGCAGCGGUGCCCAAAGGCGUUCGCCACUGGCUGUGAGUGGUGCUGGUGGCACCGCCUCCAAGCUGCCAAUCUCUCAGUCCGAGUCCACGCUCUCCCUGCUCAGCCACGGACCCGGGUCCUCCAAGGAGGAGGCACAGCUCCUUAGCUCCGUGCGAAGCAUGCGCGUCGAUUUGGCCAUCAAAAACAAGGCAAUGCAACGCUUGACACGGGAAUUGGAUGAUUGCAAGAAGACCAUACGGAAGCUGCAGCGGGACAGGGAGGGUAGCGGCACCUCCAGCCAUACAGGCAGCAAAUUGGAUCUCCGCCCCCAGGCCAGUGCCAUUUCGCUGCCAAGUGGCCGCCGCUCCAGUGGCUACGAUCAUGGUCAUCAUUACAGCGAUCACGUACCGGCGGCCACCGAAAGCCAGGCCCUGAAGGAGGCCCAGAACAAGUACCGGCUCUUGGAGGCGGACUACAAGACGCUCCAUGACAAGCGCCUGCAGGAUCUAAAGACCCUGCAGAGCGCCCAUGAGCGAGAGCUGGCCACCUGCAAUGAGACCGUGCGCAUCCUCCAGCAGCGCCUCAACGAGCGGGAGGAGGCCUUUGCCACCCAGAAGCGACGCAAGGUGCCCGUGGAUUACUAUGCACUGAAAGCCAAGGUAUCCCUGCUGGAGCGCAGACACUCGGAGCGGGAGGAGCGACUGCACAUGCUGGUGGAGGCCCUGAGCAAGGGCAGACUCAAUGGAGCCCUCGAGGAUCUGUUGCAGGAGAACAACAACAAGUAGGAGAGAGAGUUUAUUUUUAAGCCACAUUGCCAGCCAAAAAGAAGAAAAAUUCGUCUAGGAGUCCGUCUAAGCAGAAGA